CUUCGUAUCAACAUCCGGGUAUGCAGAAAUAUGGCCGAUUCAGCAUCAUGGCGUCUAUGAGAAUAGAUCGUCAAAAAAAGCGUUGAACACGAUCUUCUUCAUAAUCUUUUUUGAUCACUCACUCACUGGAGCAAAAUAUUUUCAAAGAUAACAGCAACGUUGACGGCUAUCCCAGGAAAAAGAGAUUGGUGUAAACAGCAGACCAAGACCAAGUUACAAAUACACAAAUGGUAGAAGAAAGAGAUAACUUUGGAGCAGAUAGAACAGGAGGUCCAUCAAUGACACCCGAGGAUGAGAGAGAGCUGACAGAUGAUGAACUAGAGGAGGAGGAAGAUGACAGUGAAGAGGAGGAGGAGGAUGAAGAAGAGGAAGAGGACGAUGAUGAUGAAAGCGAAGAUGAUGAGGAUGGUGAUGAAGGUGAUGAAGAGGAUGAUGAGGAAGAGCUCUUGGCUGCUGACAUUGACAGUGACAGUGAUGAGCUGCCUGCCUGCCCCAUCUGUCUGGACCGACUUAAAAUGCAGGAUGUGGGUUUACCUGAGUCAUGUGACCAUCAGUUUUGCCUUGAAUGCCUCUUGGAAUGGUCUCGGAAUGUUAACACAUGUCCCAUUGACCGACAGCCAUUUAAUAUCAUUCUUGCGCGUCACCCAGGCGAAGACAAGGUCUUCAAGAGAAUUAGUGUGGAAGACCACCAUUUGAAUGAUGUAGAAAUGUUAGAAGAUGAAGAAGAUACCACAGCCUGUGAGGUGUGUGGCCAGAGCGACCGUGAAGAUCGUCUUCUACUCUGUGAUGGAUGUGACAAUGGGUAUCAUUGUGAAUGUCUGAAUCCACCAUUGGAAGAUGUGCCAGUUGAAGAAUGGUUUUGUCCAAUCUGCAGUGAAAUCAAUCGCCAAGCUGAUGCUGAGGCAAAAGAGCAAGGUGAAACAGACGUACCUAUCAGAGCACAUCGACGACGCAUUGCAAGGACACGUGUUAGUGAGCGAGUGCGUCACCGAAUCCAGAUCUUUCGCUUGAAUGAGCGUAGACCUCUUGAGCUAAUGUCAUCAGAAGAUGAACAAACGAUUGACCAUGGUUCAGCUACAUCAGCCACGCGUAGAAAAACACCACAAAAAACAGGAGUUCGUAAGACAAGGAAGAGAAGGCGUUCAAGGAAGCGCAAAUCUACAAAGAAACGCAAAACAACAAAAAAAGGUGCAACAACAGGAACGUCACCAAAAGGGAAGAAGAGAAAAACAAGGAAAAGGAAGGGUAAGACAAGAAGGAGGAAAGGAACGAAGAAAAGAAAGGUCAGCUGCAGAACCACAAGUGCUGCAAGACGUGGACCAAGCCUGACAAGCCAAGCUUUCUCAAUCCCUCUCAGUCAGACCAUCAAGGGACGAAUAGCUGAACGCCUGGGACUAUCCAAACCCCCACCAGGCCGAACCAUCCCUUUGCAACGUCGGCCGGCUGACCGUGGAACAGAAGUGCGCCGUGGUGAUUCAUUCAGUGCAGGACUCUCCAUUUUAGGAGAUAGGGAUGAACUUAUACAAUUCCAUGAUGUGGAUGAUGAGUUUCCUGCCACCCAAAUGCAUCCUGUUAUCAGAAAUACUGACAAGGCCAUGCUGGCAUCACUAAUAAUGAAAAAGGAACAUGUCAAGAGAGCUAUACCAGCAUCCAGAAUUGCAGAAGGCGUGCCAGUGCUAGCCUCAGGACCAGCCUCUUUUGACCUGCUGGGUUCCAUCUUUCAGGAGCAAAGUCUGCUACAUAUGGAUAGUUCUCAUGUCCACAUCUGCAGAGAUGGUUCCCUAAAGGCCACCAAGCCAGUUAAGAUGCCCACCUGUACCAGUCCCCCAACUGUACCUACUGCUGGAUACAUUAAUGUGGACCAUGACACUGCUGAAAGCAACCCUGACAGUCAGCCAUUCAGUGACCAGCCUGCUGAUGAAGGAGAACCAGGAGGUGAGAGUCCAAAUGCCUCCACCCAGGACACCACACCUACUGUUAAUGCUACUAGCAGUGAGCAGCCCAGCUCCACCUCUGAACAAGUGGCUUCUUCCAGUACCCUGCCAGAACAGCCUACUUUGGCUUUGUCAUCUUCCAGUGCUUCCUUAGGAUCAGAGGAUGACAAGUCGUGUAAUAUUCCCACACAUAUUACAGAUUCUCCCCACCUUGUUCCAAAAGAAAAUGAUUAUCCAGAAAAGAAGAGAAAGGCUAGCAGAUGGUCUGAUGCCACUUUAGAUGCUGGACCAGCCAGUUCCUCCUCAGACAGGAUCUCUGAGACAGAUGCAAAAAGUGUGAAAACUUGUGACAUAAAUACAAAUCAGGAGCCAGUUACAACUACAAAUGAUAAUGUUCUAAAUGACAACUCUGUGUCAGACAUUGAAGGAUGUUCCUCUAGAAAUGACAAUAGUGUACUAGCCUUUGGUGACGAGGAUACUGCAAAGAAAAAUACCCUUUGGACAACGCAAACUAUGGACAAUGUUCUCUCCCAGAAUGACACAGAGGAAGGGGAAAUUAUGGAUUCAGAAAGUGGAAUUAUCUAUGACAUGCAUUCUGCUGUCAGUGAUAAGGGUAAUAAAGAGGAUGUUUCACAUGGAGAUGAUAUGGAACUAGAGGAAGAUGCAGAAACACAAAACAAGGAGGAAGAAGAGAUUGAUGAGGAGGAGGAAGGUGAAGGGAGAGUAGGAGCACCUUUCACUCUUGCCAGUUUUCUGUCCCAGCUUUCUCAAAAUCCAGACUUUGCUCAAACCCCCACUUCAGAUUCAGCAGCUACAGAAGAUGAUCCAAAACCAAACCAGAUGAUGGAAUAUGUACAUGGAUGCUAUGUGCGUGUUAACAAGAACAAAGUUGAUAUGACUGACUUGGACAAGCGGUUGGAUGCAUUAAGCAGGCAGCGCAGGGAGGAACGGUACCUCCUGCAGAUGUAUGGAAUUGAGCAAGAGAGGUUUCAAUCGCAAGAAAGGACAUUUGACAAGGACAGAGAAGAGAGAGGUCGUGAUAGAGAUGACAGACCCAGGGAAAGCAGACAUAGAUCUCGCAGUGGCUCAAGGGACCGUCGAAGACGUUCAAGAUCAAGGGAAGGUCGGAGAUCAAGACGUUCAAGAUCAAGAUCGAGGUCUCGAUCACCCGAAAAAAAGUCACAGAAACGACUGCAAGAUGCUGGAGAAGAUGAGGUCAAGGGAGAAGAGAGAAGUUGGAGAUCGCGAGCAGAAAGUGACAGGCAAGAUAGAUAUGGAGACCGUAGUAAAAACAGAGACAGAGAUGCAGGUUCUAGACGACGGUCACGGUCACCCAAACCGGGCAGAGAAGAUUAUGGCAGCCGACGCAUAAGCUCAGAUGACAGUGAUCGUUUUGCUCGUACAGGCUGGCGUGCCAGUCAAGACCUGGAUCGACGAGGGGAGGGUGGUCGAAGGGGUCGUGGCUAUGGUUGGGAUAGCAGCAGGGGUGGCUAUGAAAACAGUCGAAACCGUGAUGGUGGUGGUGGUGGUUACAGAGAAGAUCGGGGUAUGGCUCGUAGUAGUAGGCAAGGCGAUUGGAAUGCUAGAGGAAACAACAGUAAGCUUGGUGACAGCAGCUAUCGUCAGAAUCGAUUUGAUUCAGACCCUGUUCAGGGUCAGCAAGAAGUGAGUCAAGAUCGAGAAGCACAUAGCAGUCUGGCUGGAGACUCAGCAUACAAUAAACAGGACACCUUCCCUUCAAAACAGUUACCAAUGCAGCAGAUGUCACAUCAGCUCCAUCAGGAUCUGUACAAUCAGACAUCAGCUACCUCAUUCAUUAGUCCUGCAGGUCAGGGACAGGCACCUGUGAGUUCAUAUGUUGGACAGACUCAGGCACCUUCAAGCUCUGCUGGAUUUCCUCCUUGGAUGACCGCCAGUCAACCUCCACCAGAUUUCAGUCAGCCCCCUCCACCACCUUCCAGCAUUAACUUGCUGAGCAAUGGUGAUUUUGACUCCUUGAAGAAAAGUCUAGCUUUGCUGACAGGAAUGGGCAAUUCUGCUAGUCCUGCAGGCACUCCAGGCAUUCCUACUGCACAGCCAAUAUACCACCUGGGCAGCCUGGGACCCACAACAGCACAGAGCGCCAAUGCUUUCCCAUCAAUGCCCCUGCAGACAGCAUCAGGCUAUGGUGUUGGAGCUAUCUCAUCUAUACCAACACCUACAGGACCAGUUCCCACUCCAUCACCUGUGGAACCAUGGAGAAAUUACAAGCAGGCACAGUCCACAGGCUUUGGGGAGCUAGGAAGUGCACAGUCUUUUUCAGAGUCAGCAAUGGCAGAAGGUACCUCUGGGGAAGCUCAUGUUGAGGAUGUUCAACUGGACAUACCAGUCCCCCCUAGUGGUGACCAGACAAAGGAUUUCCAGGAACAGGUUGUAGAAGAAGUGAAAGUGGCUAUCCGCCCCUUUUAUGCCAGUAAGCAGAUCAGUAAAGACCAGUACAAAGAGAUCCUCAGGAAGUGUGUACCUAAGGUCUGUAACAGUGGUGAAAUCAACAGCCGCAAGAUUGGACACCUAGUGGCAGCUUAUGUCAAGAAAAUGCAAGCCUCUCGCCAGAAGUGAAAAUGCUGACAGGAUCAUCAUUUAAUUAGUUAGAAGAGAAAGUGUUGACUUGAUCAUACAUUUUAUUCUGUUUUUUUUUUUAGUGUUUAUUUUUCUUCUUUCUCAUACCAUCAAAGACUUCCCCCCAAGAAAGAUUUAUACUAAGAAGGAAGCAAAAUUGUGCUACAGCAUUUAUUGUUGCUUCAUUAACUGCAAAUAAAAGGGUGUUGGCAAAGUUGACUCCUAAAAAAAAACCCAAAAAGCCCUUUAUAAUACUUCGCAGUGUUCCUACUCAGCAGCACUAGUUUGUAUUUUCAACCUGACCGUAUAUAAUAUUUGUAUAAGCUUAAAUUAAAAUGUUUCUGCAGAAAGUGAGCUCCAGGUGGGUGUUUAAUAACGAACAUGAUGUAAAAGUGACCAUGUGAUAACCUUAGCUAGCAACCACUUUAAUUCCCUCCUUCCGAAUUGUCUUGGUGUCAGAUGUUUGGUGUGGGUUUUUUUGCACCCAUAGUGAGAUAUGCUUCUUAUGAAUGAUUUUUUUUUAAAUUGAAGUUUGCCAUCAUCUGCGGAAAGACUUAAACAGCAACUGUUGUGAUUCAUAUGCAUUGUUAAAGUAUUCUAGAAUCUUAUUAAUGCUUAUUGCCAAGCAGACAAUGCUUGUUUUGUGGCAUGUGUUACAUUCGCCAUUGUGAAUAAAAUAUCUUGUAUUGUGAAUGAUUUAAAAUACCUUGCAGCAGAAAAAUGGACCUGAAACAAAUUUAAUGUAUUAGAUAAGACAGUAUUGGGGUAAGGGAAGUAUUUCACAUUUUCCUGUAUUUUUGUUUUACUGAAAAUCAUGCUUUUCUUAACUUCAAGUCCUCUUGUAGAAAUUUGGAGUCGGUCAUGUGAAACCCUGAACAUGUCAAAGAUCAGUUGUUUUUAGAUGCAACAAAUGGCAGAUAAAAUGUUGUACUAGGACACACUGCAGUCUUCUUCUAUAAAUGACAGGGGAAGUCUGAUCUUGACCAGGAGAAUAAAUUUUCUGUAUGAAGUAUUGUAAAAUACCUGUCAUUCAAAACAUUUUUUCCUGUUUUGGUUUCAUUUGUGAACUUUUUUAUUUUGCCUGCGGAUUAUUUCUUAUUUUCUGAGAUAGAAAUCUUAAGGGCAUUAAAAGCCCAUAACAUAUAUUUCAAAUCUGGCAUAAACCCCAAAAAUAUAAGCAGCUGCAGCUGAGAAAAAAUAUGCAUAUGUGUCUGUUUAUGAAAAUGUGAAUUAACUGUUUUGUUGCUGUUCUUCAUAUAUUCAGAGAAUGUCUAUCAAAAUUGUCCUGGUUGUAGAUUGGAGGUGCAUCACAAACUGUGUUUUAAGAGUCAAUUCAUGAAUGCUACCACUGUGUGCAUAGGAUAUAUGCCCAGCGUUUCUUCUUCCCCAUCUAACUCAUCCAGUCUAGGAUCGUCGUAAUCACUAGACUGGUGGUUUUUGUUUUGUUAGGUUGGAAGGGGUUUAGAAUACAGCAACACAAAAUGAUCUUUAAAAAAAUCUUGAAAUAAUUGUACGUUGACAUGCUUUACAUUUGUGCUCACAUAUAUGCUGGGAGUAAAGAACCACAUUUCUUUAGGUCUAACAGUAUUUUAGAGUGUGAUAGUGUGCAUGUGAUGGUUCUUGCUGAUCCAGAUGCUGGCAGGUAUGAAUGACAAAAAUAUUAAGUGCAGAAAAGGUUGUAUAAAAUCAUGCAUAUAAGAUGUGAUGACUUUGUUUCGUGUAGUAACUGUCAUACAUAUAUGCCCUCCAUGAUGUUACACAUGCCUUUUUCCACUGCCGUAACAUUUUUUUUUUUAGUGUUAUUUUGUAUGAGAUGUUCUGUUACGUGUAACAUGCCUUGUGUCAAUUGUGAAGGAUACAUUUUAAUAUCUCCAGCACUGUCUGAUGUAUAAUCUUUGUAUGAUGUUUAGAGUGUUCAAUAAAAAAAGAGAUCAGAAGCA